AUGGGGGGCAGUUUGACCCAGAACUCAGUGCAGUACCUGGGCCUGGCCCUCACCUUCCUUCGGCCCAACACCUCCCUUGUUCUAGAUGUCAUACUCCUGUUAAUGCAGCUCAAGUUGGACUUCAGCCAUUGGCAUCCCAGCUGCACCACCUGCAUCAGGGCUAAUGAUACCACCAUCAGCACCACCCUCACCACCGCCAUUAUCAUUACCAUCAUCCUAGCUACUGACUCCAUCAUCCCCAGACCCCCCAACUGCACCCCUCAAAGGCUUGGGGGUCCUGGGAACCAGGACUUGAGCCAGACCUUCGAGCACGUCACCCAUGGACCAGUGUUGGGAAUCGGCGUCCUGAAGUGGACGGUGGUGGCCUUCGGCCUUCAGCUCUUGGAGGCGGCAGAGGUCAGUGGAGAGAGAUUGGGGGUCAGGGCUAUUAGAAGCGCCCUGACCCCCAAGCUGCUGUGGAGUCCCCCUGGAGAAGUAAAGUCCGUCCAUGAAACGACGAAGGAAAAGGGCUUACUGAAGGAACUCCAGAGGACCCAGAAGUACAGCCCCGUCCGGAAGUACUGCCUUGGCGACCUCGGCGUGGCCUAUGAGCCCAUGGCCUACAAGGAUGCUUCCUGCUUUGGCAAGACCAGCAUUGGGACCCCACCACAGAACUUCCUGGGCCUUUCUGAUACGGGUUCUUCCAGCCUGUGGGUGCCCUCUGUCUACUGCCAGAGCCAGGCCCGCACUGACCAUGCCCACUUCAAUCCCAGGCAGCCCUCACCCACUCUGCCAACAGACAGACCUUCUCGCUGCAUGCGGUAUGGCAGCGGCAGCCUCACCGGCUUCUUCACACUCUGAUGGUGAGUGAUGCUGUCUGUCCAGAGCAUCCAUGCCCCCAACCAGAAGUUCAACCUGAGUGAGAGGGCUGGGGCCAACUUCAUCUACUUGAAGUUUGAAGGCAUCACGAGCAGGGCCUACCCUGCUCUGGCCAUGCGUGAGGCCACCACAGCCCUACAGGGCCUGCUGCAGGAGGGUGCCCUCACCAGCCCAGUCUUCAGCGUCUACCUCAGCAACCAGCAGGGGUCUCAGGACGGGGGAGCAGUCACCUCUGAGGGUGUGGACAACAGGCUGUACGUGGCACAUCUCCUGGCCCCCAUCACCCUGGAGCUCCACUGGCAGAUCGGUGCUGAGUUCCUCAUUGGUGGCCAGGCCUCCUGCUAGUGCUCCCAGGGCUGCCAGGCCAUCAUGGACGCAGGUACAUCUUUGCUCACUGUGCCCCAGCAAUAUGUGAGUGCCCUUCUGCAGGCCACGGGGACCCAGGAGGACCAGUACGGACAGUUUCUUGUGGACUGUAACAGCACCCAGAACCUGCCCACCUUCUCCUUUAUCAUCAGUGGUGUGCAGUUCUCUCUGCCACCCUCCUCCUACAUCCUCAACCUAAUGCUGCCCGGUUGUGUUGUGCAGAACAAUGGCUACUGCACUGUGGGGGUCAAACCCACCUACUUGGCCUCCCAGAAUGGCCAGCCCCUGUGAGUCCUCCGGGACGUCUUCCUCAGGUCCUACUAUUCUGUCUACGGCAUGGGCAACAACAGGGUGGGUUUUGCCACUGCCACCUAGACUCAGUGCCUGGCCCCCUGAGCUCUCUUCUUCCUCUCGGCCCCGCACCCUGCAGGGGAUUCUCUCUGUGCUUCUUUGGAUUCAGCCUUCCUUUUCUGGACUCUCAACUUUCUCUCCUAAUAGAUGAUUCUUCUCCAUGUUGGCCAGCUCAUGGUUUUUAGAGGGGAGUUGCGGCCUGUACGGCAAUGGGAGAGAGAGAGCCAGGGGCAGAUUUGCCUCUGCUGGACCACGUUCUCCCCGAGGUGCUAGGAGGUUUCUGGAUGGGUCACUGAGAUUCUAAGAGAACUGGAGCAUAAGGUGAGGCUUGGGGAUGGGCCCUGUACCCCUCGGAGUCUCUUCACAGCUUCUCCCUGGAGAGGGAAGACAGUGGGUAGUGGCACAAGGCAGGGCAUUCUGUUCUGAUGGGCAAAGGAGCCCUACUCAACCUGGAAUGCUCUGCUGACCUAAUAUCCCAAAAGUACAAGCAGAAUUAGCCCAUGCAUGUCCACACGCAUGUCUCCAUGUCUGUCCACUAGCUGUAUGACUAGGAGUCCAGUGCAUUCCAGCCUAGGCCUCCGCCUCCUUCUCUGUGAUAAGUUUGCA